GAGGUGCCGGGGCCGGCCCGGAGCCGCCGGGGCGCGGCGAGAAGGGGUGGCGGCGGCGGCGACGGGGCCGUCCGAGGGAAUGCGGGCGGCCAAGAUGGCGGCCGCCGCUGCUGCUGCUGCCGGCGCCCGGGCGGCGCGUCCCUUUGCGAAAGGCAGCAGCCAGCUGAGGCUGCCGGUGCGAUGGAGGGCUCAGGCCGCUGCUGCUGCUGUGACACACAGCGCAAAGCCUCAAAUCCAGCCAGAGGCACGGAAACCUAAGACAGGAAUCUUGAUGCUGAACAUGGGAGGUCCGGAGCGCCUGGAUGAUGUCCAUGAUUUCCUACUUCGCCUCUUCCUGGACAGAGACCUCAUGACAAUUCCAGCUCAGAGUAAGUUAGCUCCCUUCAUCGCCAAGCGCCGCACACCCAAGAUCCAGGAGCAGUACAGCAGGAUUGGAGGGGGAUCACCCAUCAAGAAGUGGACAGCAGUGCAAGGAGAAGGCAUGGUGAAGCUGCUGGACAGCAUGUCUCCUCACACUGCACCUCACAAAUACUACAUUGGCUUCCGCUACGUCCACCCGCUGACAGAAGAAGCCAUCGAAGAGAUGGAGAAAGAUGGCAUUGAAAGGGCUAUUGCUUUCACCCAGUACCCCCAGUACAGCUGCUCUACCACAGGAAGCAGUUUAAAUGCCAUCUAUCGCUACUACAAUCAGAAAGGGGUGAAGCCGAAGAUGAAGUGGAGCAUCAUUGACCGAUGGCCCACACAUCCCCUUCUUAUUCAGUGCUUCACCGAUCACAUACAGAAGGAGCUGAACCUGUUUCCACCUGACAAAAGGAAAGACGUCGUCAUCCUCUUCUCAGCUCACUCCCUGCCCAUGUCUGUAGUGAACCGCGGUGAUCCGUACCCUCAGGAGGUGGGAGCUACUGUCCAGAGAGUCAUGGAGAAGCUGAACUACUCCAACCCUUACAGGCUUGUGUGGCAGUCCAAGGUUGGACCAAUGCCUUGGCUUGGCCCCCAGACAGAUGAGACCAUCAAAGGCCUGUGCCAGCGAGGGAAGAAGAACAUGUUGUUGGUCCCAAUAGCCUUCACAAGUGACCACAUCGAGACGCUCUAUGAGCUGGAUAUUGAGUACGCCCAAGUUCUAGCCAACGAGUGUGGAGUUGAAAACAUCAGAAGAGCAGAAUCCCUUAAUGGAAACCCACUGUUCUCCAAGGCUCUGGCAGACCUGGUGUGUUCCCACAUCCAGUCCGAUGAAGUGUGCUCCAGGCAGUUAACCCUCUGCUGCCCUCUCUGUGUGAACCCUGUGUGCAGGGAGACCAAAGCCUUCUUCACCAGCCAGUCACCGUGAGGGAUGCUUGGGACAGCAGCCCUGGACCACACCACCAGAACAUCACCCGGUGAUGCUGUGCCAAGGGAAGGAACUGCUCCACCAAACCUCUUCCACCCUUGCAGGCUGGUACUCUGAGGUGUAAACCUCACGUAGCACUGAGAAGUUGACUUUUGGGCUUGAUUCUUUUGCUUCUGUUGUCUUUCUUUGAGAAGAGCUUGUAGAAAGUAGGGAAACGGGGAUGUGAAUCCCGGGGGAUGUGAGGAGGUCUCGUUCCAUCUGCUUCUGCUUGGACUUCUAUGAGCACUGAGAAACUUCCCUACAAAUGAGCUUCUACUUCCUAUGCAGGGAUUGAUGUGUAGGCAAUUAUCCUGAGUGCAUUCAUCAGCUUUCCAAGCACACGAGGAGCUGAUGCUUAAAGUGUGGUAUAACCACCACAGCCACUGAUUGUCUCUUCAGAUGGCUUUGAAGAUCAAGUGACUUCUACUGCUGUUUAAAUCAUGUCUAUUUGGAGGUUUUAGACCAUAAUGAUAAGGGUUUGGGUUGCUUUUGGUUUCCUCCUGCCACAAACUUCCAGCGAAAGCUCAACAGGGAUAGUAGAAUGCCCAAAACCUGUUUACAUUUACCCCUGUCCUUGGCUGCAGGAGAGCCUCUGCUUUUGAAGAGCAGGAAAGGAACCGACCUGCUUAGAUGCUGCUGGAAAGUACCUUCAGAUGAAGCAAACUGCGUGUUUCCACCUUAGCAGCUAUAGCAGCAUGUGUGGGUUUAUCUUUGAAGCAGAAUGGCUUUAAAUAUCAUUGUUAAAAAGGGCUUUCUGUGGUGAAGCAGCUUUUGCUUUGCUCUCCAGGAGGUUCUAGAUGUGUUUUCUACUGUGCCACAGUGGGCUUUGUACCUGUGGAGCUCCACAGGCUUAAUCGAUAUUGUUGUUUAGAACUAAGUCAGGAUUAAGUCAGGUGUAACCUCCAUUGCUUGAGAUUAAGCAGCAGGUUUAGCUGGGUGCUUACGCACACCUUUGUCGAAGCCACAUUUGGGGACACUGUCACCCAGCUAAACCUCUUGCUUGCUUUGGCACAUCAGGAUGAGCCCACUCCUAAGUUGUGGUAGGUUUGCAGGGAGAAAAACCCAUCAGCACCAGGACCAGGGUUGGAACUGGCUGAGCUUUAAGGUCCCUUCAACCCAAACCACUCUGUGGCUCUGUGAGGAAGGCUGUGCCAGUGUUCUGUGGGACUGAGCCAUACAUGUAUUAGUGUAGCUGUCACCUUCAUGGGUCUACAUGUUUACUUCAGGUCAUGAGCACUGAAUUAGCAGUAUUUGGGCAAUGCAGGGUGUUUCCUCUCUGAUGCUGGAGGAGCUCACUUGUAUUUGCUUGUGUGAUGAGGCAUGAACACUUUGAACCCCUCAUCUUUCAAGGGGAGGGUGUUAAGAAGGAAAAUAGGCCCCUUGGUAUCACAGAGGGGUUAUUUUGUGCUAUUUGAUGUUGCAAGAGUGAAACAUGGGGUACUAAAGACAUGAUGCUGUGUUGAGCAGCCUGUGGCUUAACACAGCUUGCCAUGUCUCCACUGCCAUACUGCAGCUUCCAUAGGGAGACAGCCUGAAAUCCUCCUGUGUCACUGCUGUCCCCUCGUGUGAGCACAACGAAGUCUUCCUCAACCCUUCCUACCUGCGCCUCUCCAGAGGCAGGGAACAGGAGCUGGGGCUUCUCUUCUCCCUUCCUUGGCGCGAGAAAGGAACAUGGAUGCCUGGGAAGGGAACACUGGCCUUAUGUCACAUUGGACAAAGAAUUCCUUCCUUCCCAUCACACUUCCUAGCAGGAAAUAUUGCCCUUCACAUCCAGCUUGUGGCAGCACAUUGAGAAGCUGCAAAGUGAAGGCCAGCUUCACGUGAACCUUGUGAUGCUAUAAAUAGAUGGGUUCCGCACUAGGAGACUGCUCCAAGUCUUAACCAGCACCACUUAGGAGGCAUUCCAUUUGCCCCCAGCACUAAAUGUGCUUCAAAGUCACUCUUUAGCCUGCUAACCACAAGUGAGAGAAUUACUAAGCCUCUUGCUGCUAUUAGCCCAUAAUGGAGACAUCACUUAAUUUCCCAGCUCUUAGCAGAUGGGAUCUCAGCUCAUGGCACUGGUGGGUUCUUCGUGGUGCUCAGCAGAUCAGGUACCAUCCCUCUGUCCUGUUUAACAUCAUUGUGGCAUCAAAAGCCUGGUGGGAAGCUACCUGAGGAGUCAGCUUGGACCUCUGCUUAAUGCUGGUCAUAGAAACCAAAGGAACAGUGGGUUAUCCCAGCAUAAUCCUGGCUUUUCCCUUUGGGAGCUAAGAGUGGAAUUCCUCUGACCUUACUUUAGAUGCUUCCAGUGUACAUGCUGACGUCUGAGCUGGUCUCCUGGCUCCUAGUGUUUGGUUUACUACCUGUUCCUGAGCAAGUGUUCAUCUCUCAAAGCAAUGGGCUGGGUGAGUUUUACUCACUGCAGCCUCUGAGGAGGAAGGGAGCACGUUGCACUAACUCAGAGGUAGUUGCUCCAUCACACGUGUAAGGAGAGAUGAAUCCCACCCAUGUAGUGCCUUCUUCUCCAGCACAGCACGUGUGGCCAUAGCCAUUGGGGUCUUAAUCCCACAGCUCCCGUUCACUUUGCCCCUCUGGCAGGUUGGUGCUACUAACUCAGGCCCCAGACUGAUCCUUGGAUACUAAUCCACUUGGAUUGCUGUUGUUAUCCAUUACACUCCCUUUGCAUUUCACUUGCAAGCGUUGAGCAUUUACAGUGCCCUGGCUGUUGAAGGGAGCUGAAGGGACGUGUGAGCAGCUCACACCAUCCAUAUCCCGGGAUUUCCUUGGGAAGAGCCUGUUUGCA